GACGUUUCUCCUGCGAACUCACUGAUAGAGCAGUAGCUUUUUAUACAACGCAAACAUGUCUAUAGGCUCGAGCGUGUUCAGUAUAUAAGGAUAAACAUACGCGUGCAAAUCCCAAGUUGUGCAAAGCCCUUUAGGCAAAUAUGAAUACUUUGGGACUUGUCCUUACAGCUACCCUCAUUUUGAUGACUAAUGGUGCUACUUUUACUAUGGACGACAUGAAACAGCUGCUAGGACGAGAUGUGCUUUGGGUCAAAUACCGCAGUUACAUGCGCACUAGUUGGGCUAGAGAUGUCAAGUGCGAAUAUUUUGAAGUAGCGAAAUCGAAACAGAAAGAUCAGUACAUAUUGUCGAGAGGGUACAGCGCAUCUGGCCAGUGGAAAAAGGAGCUUUUAAAAGGAUACGUGACCCCAGCAACAAAAUACUGUCCAGGACCUGUACUGCAAAUGAUGUCUUCAGUUAUCUCUACACACGAGAACUACUGCCUGGUAUAUUGGAAUCCCGAGGAGCGCUGUGCCAUUAUGAAACCGACGGGGGAUCUAUGCGAAAUAUUUGUAGGGGAUAAGUCUACUGGAACAUCAAUAUCCGCAUGUGAAAAAAUGUACGACCAGAUCUGUGGAAAUGGCAAAUACGAGGUUUAUCAAAGAUCCUGCCUACCUUACUGGAAACGCAUAACCACCGAAGCUCACAAGCUCCAUCUGCAUCAAGUGCUCGCAAGACUGAGCAGGUUUGAUCUCGUCGUCAACUGUCCGAAGACCGAGCUUGGCGUUACGAAGCUGGAUUUUCUCGGGCAUGACGUCGUCGCUUACGGCAUUCGUCCACUCAGGACUCGCGUCACUGCCAUGCGCAACAAGAGGGAGCCGCAAGUAAGUCGUGGCCAUAGAUGAAAGCCGAACGCAAAAUUGAUUUGCGGAAAAGUGCGAGAAAUAAAAUUCCACUUCGCUAACGCACAGUCGUUCUCUUUCA